GUACCGAAAUACUGCUGCCGUUUAUUGAGCGUGAGGCACACGUCUCGCACUUGGUCGCACUGUCCUUGGGUUUAUUUAUGUCGUCGUAUGUCACCGCCAUGACCUAUUCGCUCAAGAAACGUAAGAUUCCAGAGUACAUGUAAGUACGAUGGUUAAUCUCGCAAUGGAGCUUUUGGCAUGAACAAUGAAGAGGGAUGGGUCGACGCGUGAACUUUAAUCUUCGUGGUUCUAACCCUGUAUCGGUUGGCUACAGGUACUCGUUCGCGGAUACAUCGUUCCGCAUCGUGCUCAGCCUCGAAUUCUAUCUGGGUACCGUCCUAUGGUUUCGGUUCUGUCUCGCUCCGGUGCUCGCGCACUUGGGCCUAACCGAAGCCAGGGCCCCAAAUAUUGAAUGGAUGGGAACGCUUGUGCUCGGAUUCUCCCACACGACUGCAUUUGCAUUCGGUAACUUCCUUUACCAGGACUAUUACCGCCGCGGGUUCGAUAAGAAGCCGGAGUAUGCGUUUAUCAAGUAUUACUCCAUCUAUGGGUCUAUCUUUAUCAUUGGAAGAAUGGCCAGUCAAGUCCUGUGUUCCAUGAGAAGCUGCAGUCGUGAUGGAGAGGCACUCCUUAUGUUAGCUAUCUACUUUUUGGCGUUCCUCCAUGUUACAGUCGAGAACGAGACCUUUCACAACGUCAUCUGGCCGUUGAUGACUAUUGGUAGCUUUGCUGUCUUUUUCUUGGAUGGAUAUAUCAUGCCGCUGCUCUACCGGAUCAUUGACAUAUUGAUGGCUCCUGUCAAGACUGCUCCUCCACUCAUUAUACUGCUUCUGGUCAGCGUCUUGGCUGUCAGUGCUGUCCGCUACCUGCAGAAUCGACCCACUCAAGCCGAGGAUGCACCUGUAUAUGACCAGAUCCAUGACCAGAAACGAAGGGCCGGCCAAUUCCCUCCACCCUACCCUAAUGGCUGGUACAAACUGGCGCGCUCAGCCGACGUUAAACCCGGGCAGGUGCUCAGUGUCAACGGAUUGGGGCGAGCGUUUGCUGUGUUUAGAGGCGAGGUCGAUGAAGAGGUUCAUAUUCUAGAUGCACUGUGCCCGCAUUUGGGCGCUAACAUUGCGAUUGGUGGCGUCGUCGAAGGCGACGCGGUUAAAUGUCCGUUCCAUGGAUGGAAAUUCGAUGGCAAUGGGCUUUGCAUCGACAUUCCAUACGCAAAAUCGAUUCCGAGCCUUGCAAAGACCAAGCAGUGGACGCAUCGUGAGUUUGCAGGAGUGAUUGUGGUCUGGUAUGAUGCCGAGGACAGAGAGCCGAUGUAUGAGCCCGUGUCAUUCCCGCUGGCAGAAGGAACUUUCAGGAGGGUUGGGUACCGACGUGGAACACUACCGAUGCAUAUCCAGGACUUUGCCGAGAAUGCUGCGGACUGGAUGCAUUUUAGUCUUCUCCACGAUCGAUUGUCAAUCCCUAUUCUGGACAGAUUCUUUUACGUGACGCACAAGACCGAGUGCAACUACGACCCUGAGACUAAUGCUUAUAACUUUGUAUUCAACGAUUACCCUUCUGUGCAUUCGAUCUUCAGCAACAAACCAAUCGAAGCGGCAAAGGCGACCGCACAGGUGGAGUUCACGGGGCCUGGAGGGCUGGUCUAUUUUCGCUUCUUCACGCCCAAGGGCCAAGUCGUGAUUGUGAAAUCUUUCCUACCUGUAGGCGAGAAGGGACUGCAGCUGACGAUGGAGGACGAGGCGUAUGCUGAAAAUACGGUGCCUUGGUUCGUGGCAAAGCAUGUGAUCCGAGAGGCCAACAAGGCCUUCGACGACGACAUCUUUGUUUGGAGACACAAAACAUACCUACGCCGGCCCCUGUUUGUCAAGGAGGACGCGUCUGUAAAGCAGUUUCGGGACUACUACAAGAAGUUUUACUCGCCCAACAGUCGAACGUAUGCCCAUGAUACGCUGGAUUGGUAGAACCUAUAUCUUUUUUUCUUUACAGAUGCAUCAACUACUAGUGUGUCAAUCCU